AUGUACCCUGGGUCUGCCUUCAGGUUGCACCCUCCGUCGGCGCGGCUGGAAAAUAUCGCUGACUGGUAUCCAUACUAUCAAUCUUGUCAGAACCAUUUUCUAGCAAUUGCACAACACACCAACCAUGUGCAAAUCCUCGCGGCAUCUAUAAACAUCCGGCUUCCCCUCCAGAUUUUGCAACUGUCGAAUGCUCGCGACAUAUUGACCAUCUACAUCCGCCGAUUAGUGGCAACCGGCUUAGAUACUUAUAGCAUCUUAAACCUUUUCUUCGGACACGACUGGCCUAUGGGCAUAGGCCAUAUCCAUGAAAUCGAACGGAGACAUUAUUUACUUGCUGCAAAAAGCGCGAGUUGGUUAGAGGUCAAGUCAUAUUACGAUAUGGGAGACGGGCAGAGCAUCCCAUACCUUCGACCAUUACAGAACGUCACGGAAGAGGAAAUCGUUGCCGCCGAAUCGGCUUGGAGCGCAUGGUUGGCAAUGCAGGAUUGGAUGUUAGGACCCCGGUCGCCCUGGGCAAAGGAUGCGAUGGCAGCGGGGGAGGUCUACAGCCCUGGUUGCUAA